AUGGCGGAUCAAAACGAUUGGAAAAGUGAAGCGUUUCGGAGAAAAGUCAUUACUCAGAUAGAGGAGGCCCUUCGGAACUCAAACACACAAAUGAACAAAUCCAGUGUUGAAAUGGAGAACCAUGUGUUUCAGAAAGCAAAGUCAAGGGAUGAGUACCUUGCUUUGGUUGCCAGGCUGAUUCUCCAUGUGAAAGAUUACAAUAGUCAGAGACGAGAUAAGCAGGCACUUCCUCAGGGCAUCAUGGGUGGACCCAUGCAACAGCAACAGAUGAGUGGGGCAGGGAUGUCGGGACAGAUGGGGGCUAUUCAGGACCCUAUCAAUGCCCUUCAGUCAAUGGCAAUGAGCGGGCCAGGUAUGGGACAGCCACAACCAGGUAUGAUAGGAAGUGGUCCACAGAUGUCAAACCUGCAGCAACAGCAACAGCAGCAACAACAACAACAACAGCAACGUCAGCAGCAAAUGCUUCAGUUACAGCAGCAGAGGCUUGCUGUACAGCAACAGCAACAGCAGCCCAGGCCUCAUUUACAAAGGCAGGAUGCAUUUAUUGUCACAUCUUCACAGACUGCCCAACAGAUGUCCCAGCCUCAACAAGCACAGAGUCAGCCAGUUUCGCAAGUGAAUUAUGCCACAGGUGGGUUUGGUACAUUGGUUAGACAAACACCAUUUGGCAUGAGUCAGGCUAGUCCACAGAUAGCAAGCAAUCCACCAAGCCAGGGAGCUAUACCAUCCCCUGCACAACCAAGUUCUCAACAGCAGCAGGCUGGAUCCCCAAUGCCGAUGAUGACAUCACCUUCACCUGCAAUAGUACCGUCACCUGGAGCACGUGCAACAUUAUCCAUGGGUGCCCCAUCACCAAGCACAGUACUAAAUACACCAGGUAAUCCUGGCUCAGUGGGAACAGAACAGAGCCCAGCUAGUCUAGCUGCAGAGGAGCAAGCUUAUCUCGAGAAACUGAAGUCUCUCUAUAAAUACAUUGAGCCACUGAGAAGAAUGAUUAAGAAAACUGAGGAUGGAAAGUCUGAGUCAUCAGAUCAAAGGAAAAAUGACAUCAACAAGUUAAAGAAUCUCCAUGAUAUUCUCACUAACCCUAGCAAAAGAGUUCCCAUGGCAACAUUAGCUAAAUGUGAAACUGUGUUGGAUAAAUUAAUGGGACCUAAAAUUAGUGGACAAUCAGCAUCUGCAGCACCUCCACCCCCUGCCCCUCAAGUACACAUGUGUCAGCCUCUUCUAGAUGCUGUAGCUGCUCACAUUACAUCACCUUCCUUUAACCAUGUUCUGCACAAGACCUUUGGGCCUGCCAUGUCAGCAAUAUUUGGAAAUCCUAUAAGACCUGCAAGUCCACCUGCAAAGAGACAAAAAGUUGAAGAGAAGAGCAAGAUACCGGACAUUCUACAGGGUGAGAUUGCACGAUUAGACAGACGCUUUAAAGUGAAGUUAGAUCCCAUACAGCAUACAGGCUCCAAGGACAUCCAUCUUGUUUGCAGACUUGAUGACCAGUAUCUUCCUAUUGUUCCGCCUAUUCUAGUCACAGUGCCAUUUGAUUAUCCUGAAAAUAGUCCCGAAUGCUCUACCAGUAGAAAAGAUUAUGAAUCAACGCCAUUCCUGCGUGCCAUACAAAAGUCCAUGGUGACUCACCUUCUAGAUCUGCCAAGUAAAUUCACAUUUACAUCAUUGUUGGAUAUGUGGGAGAUGAGUAUACGGAAAGCUUGUGCACAGACAUGAAAACAAGGACUGGUUCUGUGUAUGAACUGUCAAACACGCCAUCUACUCUGUGUAAUGGAUUCUGUUCAAGAAACAUUCUUGAUCAGUAUAUUGGGUUGAGAUCUGCAAAAUAAAAUGAUAUUCUAAGUCUAAAAUAUUAAUUUUGUUAUGCCAUAACAAUAGACUUUUUGCCACACAUUUCUGCUCUUUCAGUUUACCAGGCAAUAAGCCAUUAUUUAAUGGUAUUAUUGAGACAUGGAAACAUGUAUCAGUAUAAGGUUGAAAACAGUCCUAGGACUGAGUAAUACAUUGACAAAGACAUACAUAAGGGAUCUCCAAGCACCGCUACAAAGAGUGAAUACUAGUUUUUACAUUCAUGAAAAGGGAAUAUAUCGAGCAGCUUUAUAAAAUGUUUACUGGAAUAUUAUAAAUCUAAAACGGUAUAACAGUAUACAUAUACAACAACAAAAGGGUUGUAAGCCCCUGGAGGGUACACAAAUUAGUGUAAAUGCAGGAUGUGGUUGUGGUUAUAGCCGUCUCUCACCAAGUUCAGAACCACACUUUGGAUGUAGAAUUCUUCAUGUGAGGAAGCUAUCCAGCUGCCUUAUGGAAGCUCAAUGGUUUUACCUAGGUGCCUGCGUGUAAGGCCAGAGAAAAUAAAUUUCUAUAUUCUCAUCCAAAUUUCGGGAAAGGAUGGGGUGGGUGGGCACUUAUUUUUUUCAUUCUUUAAUUUGGAAAUAAAGGAGACCUCAGGACAAAUUAGAAAAAAGCUGUAUUGAUAAUGCUAGUGAAUAUUGUUGUGUCUGAAUAGCCUGUAUAUUCAAAACUCUUUUUAGUGUACAUAAAAAAAAUAAUUUCAUGUCAUGAAUGAUAAUUUUACUUAUAAUGUGAUGAUAAUCCUUUUUUUUUUUUUACCUUGGCUGAUUGUAUCCUGUACGAAAUAUGUGAAAAAUAAAUAUUUGUGUGUUCAG